AUGGCGGAAACAGUAUCAAGCACAUCACAGAAUGGUGCUUCUCGCCCACCAACCGCCAAUGGCGCACCACCCACUCCAGCUCCGGCGCCUGCUCCUGCACCGUCACCUUUCCAGCUGGAUGUAAGACGACUCCACGAUCUACCGUCGGAGCAGCAGAGCCUAUACCUCUUGACCUUCACAGCCGAUCUCGUCCGUCAUGUUGACUCUUUGGACUCAGCCGGAGCAGCAGCAGAACAAGCACCGAUCAAGAAAGAACUGCUACAGAUAGUCAACCUCUCCUCUCCUGCACCAACUCGAGUCAUACGAAAGAAUCUGGCUCGAUGCUUUGCGGGCAUCUUCAGCAAGGAGAGCAGAAAGUCGCUGUACGAGAGCAUUAAUGAUUUGGUGGCUAUCGUUCAGGCAGGCAAGGAGAAGGAUCUCGUGGCGAGACAUGCGGCUGUCGUAUGCCUUGGUGUGGUCUUCGAGGCUGCAGGAGACAGCGCCAUGAGUCUGUCGCCACUGGCUUGUACAGCGUUGUUGAAAGCACUCAAGGGAGCCUCGAGUGACACGGGCUACCGAAGUGCGAUCUAUAAAGCCUUUGCCAGAAUCACGGUGGGUAUUGCUACAGCUAUCGAUGAGGAUAUUGGUCGCAGUAUCUGGAAGCAAGCUCGGAAUGCUGCAGGCAGCGACAAGUCACUACUCGUACAAGCGAAAGCGUGCUGGUGCUUAGAGCAGCUUGUGCGGUGUACACCAUAUUUCGACAACUCGAAUGAUUUCGAGAAGCUUCAGACAGCACUGUACAAAGCGCUCGAGAGCUCAUCGGUGUUUGUGCGCAAUGUAGCAGCCUCCUGCCUGGCAGCCGAGCUCGUCAAAAGUUACACAGAGACACCUGGCCAGGACGUGGUGCCUCGUAUACGAAAGCCCAAGAAGACCAAGAAAGCUACCAAGGGAGAGGAACUCGACGAGGAGAUCGAUCGCGCAUCAUCGCCGGCACCCGAGAAGCCGGCGACAGCUCUAUCGUACAGUCUACAGGAACUCUUGCGGAUUCUGUCAACCCACUACUGUCGGGCCACUACACCUAACAAAGCUCGUGCUGGUCUAGCAGUAUGCUAUAUCAAAGUUCUGAAGGCGCUCGGCGAGAGCGUGGUAGAGAAGAACUUUGCAGAUAUUGCCCGACACCUUUUCACCGAUAUUCUUGGACAUCCCAGCCUGUUGUAUAACAAAUAUCGGCAGCUUAUCAGCAGAAAGCUGGUACGUCUGGUGUUGGAGCGAGUGGUGGGUAAAAUGCUUGGCGAAACGGCACAACUCAAUGCCUGUCGCUUUCUGAUCAACGAUAUCAUCAAGGAUUACCCUCAAGCUGUCAAAGAGCGACCAGAGCCAAGCAAGCAAACUCUUGUUGGUGCACUCAGCGCUUUAGCUGCUUUCAUCGACUAUCUUGAUGCAGCUAUUGGAACCAUCGCAGAGCCAUGUCGUGAAGCAUUGCUGCAGGUUCUACAGCAUCCCAACUUUACUGUACAGGUUUAUGCUUCGCGAGCUCUCCGUGCAUUCGUGCUCGCUUGCCCUCAGCAACUACUUCCAACGGUGACCAUUACCAUGAAUAGCGUCAACCGGGAACUUAACUUACUCGCCGGACCACGGCAGGCACCGAAGCGAUGCAUUGGUUAUGCUCAUGGCUUGGCAGCCGUUCUCGGCACUUCCAGUCACCACCCGCUGUAUGGUUCUGUCGAUGUUUAUGCUCGAGUAUUGCAGCAAGCGACUUCACUGCUCAAAUCUAGCGGUAGCUCCGACCUUCGCAUCUCGAGCUGCCAACUCCAGGUAGCAUGGAUUAUGAUCGGUGGGCUCAUGUCACUUGGUCCAAACUUUGUCAAGAUCCAUCUCUCGCAGAUGAUGCUCCUGUGGAAGAAUGCACUACCGAAGCCAGUACCCCAGGAAAAUAUGAGCCAACGCAACAUGAUUGAGCUCAGCUAUCUAGCGCAUGUCCGCGACUGUGCCCUUGGUUGUGUCAGAGCUUUUCUCGCUUACAAUCAGCGCUUGCUGACACAGGACGUAUCAAGACGAUUGUCGGCGAUGCUCGAGAGCACAGUCGCUUUCGUGCAGAGCCUACCAGAGAGGAAGACGAGCGAUGAUCCCGGCAAUCGAUUGUCGCCGGCUCUACAGCUCCAGGACUACGAUGUCAUGGUGCGAAGAAGAGUGUUUCAAUGCUUUUCUAUGCUACUCAAGCUCAGUCCUGCGGGUAGCUUGGAGUCCACAGCACAUUCGACUGUGCUGCCGCUGGCGGUAGCAUCAUUCUCAGAUACUGAAUACUAUGCACCUAGCACCCUCUCCGCUGCCAUUGCGAGUGCUACGGCAGCAUUCGAGAACAUUUGGGAUGUUGGAGAUAAUUAUGGAUUUGGCGUUACUGGACUGGUGCAAAGGCUCGACGUGCGAGACCCUAUAAGUGGUGUAAUGUCUAGACACUGGUCUUCUCGGACUGGAGACGAGGAUGAGGCGAGCAGGCUUGUGGAUUCACCCGUUGGCACAGGACCCGAGUACGAUACAACAUGUCUUUACGUCGAAUCGAGUAUAGACGACGAGGUCAACCCCGCAGGCACCGAGGCAGUCAACGCUGCCAUCCGCGCAUUCGGGUUAUGCUUGCCACUGCAGGCGCCGAGGAUUCAGGAAAGUGCUCUCGAGCAGAUCCUGUCUUCCCUCAGCUCGACGGCACUUCAGAAAGAUCCCGCGCGAAGAGCUACUAUCAUUGUCAACUCUGCGCUUGCGCUUAGUGCUGCAUGUCACGUGGCUACAGGCGAUGCUGGCGUGGCUAGGGGCAACCUGCAGAGCGCAAAUACUGAGAAAGGCUUACAACAGCUUCUUCAUGCUUUCGUAAAGGACACGGACGAUAGCGUACGACUCGUGACUGCGCGUGCUAUAGGCGAAAUGUGUCGCAGCUCAGGCAAUGCGCUCACGUCCUCCGAAGUCACCUACCUCACCGAGACAAUCGUCAACAACCGAGAACCUCAUGUGCGGGCUGGCUGCGCACUAGCGCUUGCGAGCAUCCAUUCCCAGCUCGGUGGCAUGGCUGCUGGCUUUCACAUGAAGAAUAUUGUCGGCAUACUAAUGUCACUCGCUGCGGACACACACCCCUCCGUACACUUUUGGGCUCUAGACAGCUUGGCGCAGGUCGCUGAGUCUGCUGGCCUUAAUUACUCGAGCUAUGUUACUAAUACUAUUGGAAUGUUAAGCCGACUCUAUGUGUCGGAUGGACAUGGACCAGAGACGAGCGCGCUUGCGCCUUCAAACAUGGCGAUCGGGUUACCUGUUGCUGCAGCUUUGGCUCGAGGUGUAGACUCUACGAUCAACGUGCUUGGACCGGAUCUGCAGGAUAUGACCAAGGCUAGAGACAUGAUUCUUACGCUCGUACGACUUUUCGCGGACGAAGAGGAUACGUCCAUCCGUUUAGAGGGUCUCAAGUGUUACGAACACCUGUCAUUAUAUGCUCCUGGUCAUCUAGAGUUCGAGAAGUAUGUGCAGCAUCUACAGAGCGCAGUGAACAGCGAGCCCGAGAUUGCAGGCUCGGCGUUGCAUGGCUUGUCCUCACUUAUGAGGCGGGAUGCCGUUGACAUCCUUCGAACUGCCAAGCCUGGCCUCGAAGAUCGGCUCUGGGAUAUAUUGAACAACACUCCCGAUCAAGCUGAGAUAAGAAGCAUCUUCACGAAUUGGCUCCACCAGACAGGCUCAAGUGACCCAGCGGAGUGGAUUCAGCGUUGCAAUGCUGUGCUCACAAAGACAAAAGCCAAGCUCGAGCAGCCAAAGACUGCGCAAUUGAAAAAUACCGCAGGCCCAGACGUGCAGGAUGAAGAGGUGGCAGGCUUCGCGGUUGCUGCAGGCGCGACGAGAGAAGACGACUCGUCCGCGGCUACCUCGACACAAGAACUGAUGAGGUGGCAAGUGCGCCUCUUUGCCAUGACGUGUCUCCACGACCUCAUCACGAUGAUCAGCAAGGAGGCUGCUAUCAGCGAUGACGGGCCAGGUGUGGCGGCCUUACAAGUGAAGGUAGCCGAUGUGAUUCGCAUCGCUUUCUCUGCGUCUACAGCGGGUGUGGCUGCUUUGCGCGUUGUUGGCAUGCGCAUUAUCGAUCAAGUGCUGCGACUCUUCGGCCGCACAGCCGACCCUGAUUUUCCAGAAGCUAUGCUGCUGGAGCAGUACCAAGCACAGAUCAGUUCGGCCCUGACUCCAGCAUUCGCUGCAGACUCGACGCCUGAACUUGCCGCAGCCGCUGUCAGUGUCUGCGCGACCUUUAUCGCUACUGGUAUAGUCACAGACAUCGACCGUAUGGGCCGUAUACUCAAGGUCUUGGUGUCUGCUCUUGAUAGCUUCGCGAAGGAGUUGGAGUCAGCGAGCAUCGGCGACUUACGAUCUUUGAGCUCAAACGCUCAGGUCAUGGUGCGCAUGGCUGUGUUCUCUGCAUGGGCACAAUUGCAGAUCGCGAGUGCGGAGCAAAAGUAUCUGAUUGAUGUUGUCAAGCCGCAUAUGGCACAACUCGUGCCGCUCUGGCUGGCAUCCUUGCGAGAGUACUCUCGGCUGCGCUUUGAGCCAGACAUCUCCGCAUCUCUGGGGCCACCUGGUCCGGGCGCUGAUCUUGAUACCGUGUAUGCUGCGCUCAAUAGGCAAACGUUGCUCAAGUUCUACGCAGACGCUUGGCUGAGCCUGGUCGAUGCGAUUGCAAGUCUAAUCGACGAAGACAGCGAGCUAGUAUUCGAGGCUCUAGAUGGCAAGCAGACGGACGUCGAGACCAAUGGCGAAGGUAACGAUAUUAUCUCGAACGGCGUUACCAGGAAGAACACCGGCAUCAACUAUCGCGAAGAGCCGGUCGCGUUCUUCUUCGUCCUGUUUGGCCUUGCAUUUGAGUCUCUGGCAGUGCGAUCGAAUGAUGACGAUGUCACGACUAGGCAACGAAAUCUAGACAUCUUGCAGGCCUUGAACAAGAUCCUACGACCCUCGGUAUCGGGUAAUGCGGUCUACCAGGAGGUGGUCUUCUCGGAAACAGUGGAUCUGCUUUCACGGAUGGUGCUCACAGAGAGUCUGAGUGUUCAGUCAGUGGUCGUAGAUAUUGCUCGGAAUCUAUGCUUGGUGCAUCCGUCUUCGCGGCUAGGGCUACAGACACCAAUCAAUGGUGACGCUCUAUCAGAUGACAUCGAACAGCUAUUCGAGCUAACAAGGAUCAUCGUGCUGGUACUCGGUGGCCUCAUACCAGGGCUUGCAGAUACGCCAUUUUCUACGCGGCUAGACACAUCUGAAGAAGCUACCGCGCUUGUCCGGACUUCACUACAAGCUCUAGUGGACGUGUCCGAGGUCUUCCCCUCCAUCAUCAAGACAGACUUGCACGCUACAGUUCUGCACAUCUUCGUCACGAUCCUCGCGACAGGCGUCUGCCAAGCUACUGUGGUACCCCAAGCUUUGCCGAUAUUCCGUCGCUUCAUCAACAGCAUCGCGGGUGAUGGUCGUUCCGAGACGCAAAGCCAACUGCAGAAUGCCUUGGCACGGAUGCUCUUGAUACUGAAGAAUGCACAGAAGCGUGAAACGGAAGCUAGUCUGCCCUGUGAGAAGAGCACAUUACUUGCCACGACUAUUUUGUUAUCUUCCGCACCCAAGGAUAUCAAACAGGACGAUCUACUGCUUGCACGCUUCGUGAAUGAGCUCUGCGAGAGUCUCGGUGCUCCGAUGACUUCACGAGUGGCUGCUGGUUGCGUACGUACUCUAUUGCUGGCUGAUGUAGCUUCUGCGCCACUAUUCACAGCCUCGUUACAUUUCCUCGCCGAUCCAGUAGACCUGGAAGGUCUGGCUGAGAGCAGAGUCCUCAUCGCUCAGACUUUGACCACGUUGGCUGCAAAGGUACAUCAAGGACAAGGGCCAGCUGUAGUGGCUUUAGUCAUGAAUGUGCUCCUAGAGCGUGCCGGUAAGGAAGGAGUGUCGACCCAUCAAGAGACUUCUGCUCGGCUGCUGGACCUUGCAGCACUGGACAACGCCACUUUCCGUGGUGUGGUGACUGGUAUGGAUGGAGAGCGGAGAGAUUUACUGGAACAAAUCCUGAAGGCUAGGACUGCAGUCCAGCAAGCAAAGAAUGAUUCGAAUGGUGAUCGCGAGCCCACUAUUGCUUUGAAGAUGAACUUUGGUGGGUGA